UUCAAAACACAGGUUAUUUCUCAAAAGUUGAGGUCCUCACGAUCGCAAAAUGGCACGCGGAUAGUAAGAAUUAUUAAGAAAUAUAAUAAAAAAUAUUCACGGCGAACGAUCGUACCGAGUAACGAUGGCGUCGGCUUAUAUUAAAGAUGAACAAGAUAUGAAAGCAAAGGUAAACAGAUAAAGAAUAAACCUAUGUAUCCAAUAGGUGCAAGUCCAGAAUUCAUAGCAGAGCAUAAAGCUAAACAAGAAGCAUUAUUAGCAGCAAAGUCUAAAACUGUGCCUGGUGCUCAAAUUAAAACAGAAGUUAGAAAGAAAAAGAAAAAGAAUAAAAACAAAACAACUGAACGUGUAACAGAAGAACUGGCUAAAACUACACUCUCUGAACCAAAUCAAAAGAAAGGAUCAUUAUCGCAGAAUGCUAAACCACAAACUAAUAUAAAAACUAGUAAUCAGACUUCAGCACCUAAACUAAAUGUUUCAACACAUUCUGAAGCUUCUACACCAGAUCCACAAAAGAGAUUGAAAAAUCUAAGAAAAAAGAUCAGAGAAAUUGAAACAUUGGAACAAAAGAUAAAAAAUGGAUUGUUAAAAAAUCCAGAGAAAGAAAUACUUGAUAAGUUGGCAAGAAAAAUUGAAAUUUCGAAAGAAAUAAAACGAUUAGAAGCAAGUCAAUAGAAAAAGGAAGUCAAAGAAAAAUAUAUUUACAUACUUUCAUGAAAUAUCACUUUAUAGUUGUACCUAAACAAAUGUGUGUUCUUCAAAUUUUUAAAAAUUUUCACAUGAUUUUAAUUUGAUGUAAUAUCACAGUUUCAUCCCCUUUAUACAGUAAAUAAAUAGCAAUAUAAAGAUGUACAUUUAUAUACAGAGGAUAAAAAUUAAAUACAAUGAGAAUUUAGUAUGCUAUAACAUCACUAUGUGAAAGACCAAUCAGAUUUAAUAAAAAUUGUUUUUGCAUAUUAUAUGUUGUUAUUUAUAUCAUCAGAAAUAAAUAUUAUGACUAUUGUAAUGAA